AUUGUGUGACAUGAAAUGUUACUGCUGUAAGCAGGCGGCCAUUAAGUCUCAAUUUUCACAAGGGUUAAUAUUGAAGUAGUAAAAAGAGUUUUAUCCAAUCUUUUUGAUUACGUGAUAUUUGUCAAAAAUGGGAAGGAAGAAGAAAAAGCCAUCGAAACCUUGGUGCUGGUACUGUAACCGAGACUUCGAUGAUGAGAAAAUCCUACUACAACAUCAGAAAGCCAAACAUUUUAAGUGUCAUAUUUGCCACAAAAAACUAUAUACUGGACCUGGGCUAUCGAUACACUGCAUGCAGGUUCAUAAGGAAACAUUGGAUAGGGUGCCGAACUCUCUGCCUAACAGAGGAAAUAUUGAAAUUGAAAUUUAUGGCAUGGAAGGAAUACCAGAAGCUGAUAUUAGAGAUCACGAGGCACAGAAACAAGCCGGCAGGAUAACAACUGCUGCAGGAGCUGACAGUAGUGAUGAAGAGGGAGGAUCUUCAGCAAAAAGAGCAAAAACAGCUCAACCGGCAGGUCAAGAAUCAACUGGUCCAAGCAUUCCAUCACUUGGAUCCAUGCCAAUAACCCCAAUGCUUGCGUCUCCUUUCAUGGGCAUGGGUCCCAUGAAUCCUUACUUAGGGCAUUUACCCCUGCCGAUGAUGGGAACAGUGCCACAAAUGCCUCUCCCUGGUGGAGCAAUUUCCUCACCUCAGACACCAUCAAAGCCUCUUUUUGCAUCUUCUAGCAGCCCAUCCUCCAGCAAUAGUGCCUCCAAGCCAGCAUUUGCUGCAUACAGUUCUUCUGGUGCUGGAGCAACUAUUGUUGGAGAAUCAACUGUUCCCAAAAAGUCAGGUGUCAUUGCCACUCAAGCUGGAUCCAGCAAAAUAAUGCACCCAGAAGAGGAUCUCUCAUUGGCAAAAUUACGGGCACGAUUUCCUCGCUAUCAAAGAAACUCAGUACCAACAAGCAUGCCUCAGAUGUCCGUUGCCAGCCCGCAAAAUACUACAGUGGGCCCUGUGAGUACCGUAAACAGUGGGCAAAUGGGCUUGCCGAUGGGCCAUCUUCCCGCCGGUAUGAUGAUCCCUAUGCCCAUGGCACACAUGGCGCUCCCACCCCAUAUGCAAAUGGGAAUGGGUCCUAUGGGACUGCUCCGUGCACCACACAUGCCUCCUGGCAUGCCUGGAGGAUUCUCUCCAUAUGGUGCUCCUCUCGGCUUUCCAAUGAUGCCACCGCGCUUCCGGUAGGGAAUUUGAACUGGACUAUUCAAACUUUUGAAAUUCCUCAUAGAAAAUAAAAAUAUGAACUUCAUUGUCGUUCUUUAAUUCUCCCUCGUGAUCAUGACUAACAAUAAUUUUUUUAAUUUUUUUUUUCUCAUUAAAAUUUGAAUUACUUUUUUUUCCAAAUCUUUCAUCUCGUUUCUCUCCCCGAGUAUGAGUGGUCUUUGCGGGCGCCAUGUAAGUGAGUGUAGACAUUUUUUAAAACAUUUUUUCUUUACUCUUGAUUGAUCGGGCUAUCCGAAACGUUAUUUCAUAACGGCAAUAUCAAUCACGUAAGUACGUUUAAA